AUGUCCACCUCGCCCCCUCCCGAGUCGCGGCCGGUCCCGACAUGGCUGUCUUCGCCGACUCCAUCCUCGCCAUCUCCAUCCUCUCCCUCAUGCUCCUGCACCGUCCUGCGCAUCCGCCUCUGCUUCCCCCCGGCCGCCUCUGCCGCCACUGCUCCCCGAUACGGAGACACGCAGGUCGUCAACAUGGCAUUUGGCCACGACUUCGUCCCGACCCCUGAUGUCCCCCUCAGCCUCCAUGUCCGGCGUCGCGGGCCCGUCCGAUCCGUCUAUGGUGAAGUCGACUGCCUUCCCCAGGUCACGGCAUACAAUCUCUACACCAUCAACCAAGAAGUCCACAUUGGUCGUGCCACGAACCCCACGAAUCCUGCUCUUGACUCUGCCUCGGAUCCCUCCCCUAGUCCUGCCGAGUUUGAAGCCGACACCGAGCCCGAGACUGCCCAAGAAGCCGCCGGUUCUCGGCUCCUCCGGGCUAACCCCCCCAAAACCACACAUUUGCUGCUGGGCGCCAUCGCACUCACGCUCGCUGCCGCCGCCGCCGUCAUCGUCGUCCUGUACUCGAUUGGUACACCUCUUCUUGUUCGGCCCCCCCCGCCUUGUGGCCGUGAGAUGGACGGGACGAGAUCACCCCCUCCCGUCUGUAAACACAAACGCGCCGCACCAUUGACGCUGUUUGACGACCUGGCCGCGCUUAUCACUCGUCGUGUCAAUGCUCCCCUGCCCCUGACCGUCACUGCUCAGGCCGUCAUCGACCAGCACUACAACGCCAGCCACGGUUCGUCGGACCCGACCCGCGGUUCGACCCCCAUCACCGUCUUCUUCAUUCAUCUGCGAGAGACCUCGGCCGGCCUUUGCGACGACGCCACCGACUGGGCUCUGGAAUCCAAGUCACCCAUGCUAGAUGGCCUCGUCCUGCUCUGCUCCUCCAUCCACGAUUCGCUGGUUGAUCUGCCGACGCGCUGGCUGGAGACCAGCGGCUUCAUGUCGUUUCCGUAUUCCUACAAGUCCAUCACUGCCAUAUCCUCUUUUGUCAAUGCCCUUGAGCAACACGACGGGACCGACGCUUAUGCUGAUUCAUCCGACAACAACAAUAUGUGCUUCUACAACACAACGUCGUACGCCAGCUCACCAGCAAGCCAAUGCAAAAUCGUCGUGUUCCUGGAUGUCCGGCUGCCGUUUAAAGACUGCCCGCGUGGACCUGGCCGAUAG